AUGUUUCCAACAAACGGCCAUUCGUCAGCACCUAUCCAAUUUCCUAAACAAUGGAUCGCAAGCUUGGACGUUGACAUUGAGCCCAAGGCGACGCGAAAGACAUCUAUCAUUUGCACCAUUGGACCCAAAACCAACAACAAAGACAAGCUGAUCGAGUUGAUGGAUGCAGGCAUGAACAUCGUACGCAUGAAUUUUUCGCAUGGUGAUUAUAAUUAUCAUGAAUCGGUUCUCAAGAAUUCUCGAGCUGCUGCUGCCGAGCGACCUGAACGUGCAUUGGCUAUUGCCCUUGAUACCAAAGGCCCCGAAAUCCGCACCGGCAUGAUGCGUGAUGACAAAGAGGUGUCUAUCAGCAAAGGACAUGAGAUGAUUAUUAGUACAAACGCCGAGUAUCAAGACGUAUGUGAUGAUAAAGUCAUGUAUGUCGAUUACAAGAACAUUACCAAGGUGAUCGACAUUGGCAAAAAGGUAUACGUGGAUGAUGGCUCGCUCUCAUUCCAGGUGCUUGACAAGCAGGGUGAUCAAUUAAAAGUGCGUGCAUUGAACAAUGGCAAGCUGGCAUCACGUAAAGGAGUCAACCUUCCAAAGACACCUGUUGAUCUUCCAGCCCUUUCACAAAAAGAUGAAGCGGAUCUUGAGUUUGGUGUAAAGCAUGGCGUCGACAUGAUCUUUGCAUCCUUUAUUCGACGAGCUGAAGAUGUCAAGCACAUUCGCAAGGUGCUUGGACCCAAGGGCAAGAACAUCAAAAUCAUUUGCAAGAUCGAAAACCAUCAAGGUUGUCAAAAUUUUGAUGCUAUAUUGGCUGAAGCUGAUGGUAUCAUGAUUGCAAGAGGUGAUAUGGGUAUCGAGAUCCCUGUUGAGAGGGUGUUUGUUGCCCAAAAGAUGAUGAUUGCAAAAUGCAACUUGGUGGGUAAACCUGUUGCCUGUGCAACACAAAUGCUUGAAUCCAUGACAUAUAAUCCACGACCAACACGAGCUGAAGUAUCCGAUGUUGCGAAUGCCGUAUUGGAUGGUGCUGAUUUGGUGAUGUUAUCGGGCGAAACGGCCAAGGGUUCCUAUCCCAUAGAAACGGUCAAGACCAUGGCAACCACUUGCGAGCUUGCUGAAUCGGUUAUUUGCUAUCCUCCUUUAUUCAAUGAGCUGAGAUCUCUCACGCCUUGGCCUACUGAUACGACUGAAACCAUUGCUUGUGCAGCUGUAUCUGCUGCAGCUGAACAAAAUGCAGGUGCCAUUUUGGUUCUAUCAAAGUCGGGUCACACUGCACGGCUCGCAUCCAAAUAUCGCCCUACACAGCCCAUUAUUGUUGUUACCCGUAAUGAGGAGACUGCACGCCAAUCCCAUCUUAAUCGAGGUAUCUUCCCUUUCAUUUAUCGUGAGGAACCAUUGCAAAAUUGGCACGAUGAUGUAGAAGCUCGUAUUCGUUGGGGUGCCUCACGCGGCAAGGAAGCUGGCCUCCUCAAAUCUGGUGAAUCCAUUGUUACGGUCCAAGGUUGGAAAAGUGGUCUUGGGAACACAAACACCAUUCGCAUUAUCAUUGCCCCAUGA